AUGCCCAGCACAGCUAUGAUACUUAACAGACUCCUGAGUGCCUCUACUAGAGGUUCUUUGGAGAUGACACCUGCGGAUUCCAAUCCAAAUGCAAGUGCAAGUUCCAACGCCCUUGUAAGAACCCCAUCGUUAUCAAACGUUUCUGAACAUCGCCAUUUAAGAAGUAGGUCCAAAUCUGUUAAUUUGUCUGCCAACCCAUUGUCCAAUGGGGCCAAUUCUAAGUCCAAUUCAAGUUCAAAUUCUAUCAUGGAUAAACCAAACAUAUCCCGGGAGAGACCAUCGUGCAAGGAAAAACCUUCAUCUAAAGAAAGAAACACAAACACAUAUAUUCCAAUUACUUCCGCCCAUAGAGAAUGGUCUCUCACGACACCUACAGCUUUUGAAUUCAAUGCCAACAGUGUGCCACAACAUAUUCUUGGUGGUUCCAUGCUUGCCUAUGUGGAUAAUAAAGUUGUUCUCGAAUUACAACACGUCCCAUCGUUGACCACAAAACGUAUAUUAUAUGACCCCACAACAAAUGAAUUUCUUCGCAAAGUACACGUAUUCUUACUAUUCAACACUGAAUCAAAAAAUUCAGACGUCUUAGUCCAUGCCCGGUCACGUGUGGACUCCUACAUCACUUUCCUCACCUGCUAUCUUCAAUUGAAGGGCAAAGAACUUCGUAAAAGAGAAAGACAAUUGAAAAACCAGCAAUCAACCCUGGGCUCUGCCGCCACAGACCCUAGCGAAACCCUAUCGUUGCACAAUUUGCCACUAGUGGCUCCUGUGGCCGAAAGCGGAAGUGUCUUGGCGGCUAGACGUGCUGCUGGUGUUGCUGUUUCUGGCAGUUCUUCUUCUGGAGUUCCGCGGAACCAUCAACGAGCUCACACAGCCACAGCCGCUGUGGCCAGCCCAACUUUGAUGAGUGCUGCAGGUCUUUCUGUGUCUCAGCCACGCGCCUCUUUCUCCACAGGAUCUUCUAACAGUCCUUCUCCAGUUAAUAAUAUUCGUUCCAAUUCCAAUACAAAUAGUAUAAAUGGCAAUUCAAAUGCAAAUUCUAAUGCAAAUUCUAAUGCUAAUCCAAAUUCCAAUCCAAAUGCAAAUCCAAAUGCAAAUCCUAUUUCCUAUUUGGAUAUACCCGGUGGCAAAUCAAAUCGAGGUGGCAAAUCAUAUAAAGACAGAUGUAGAGAUAAAGAUCGGUCAAGAGAUCAAGAAUCUUUCGGGAUUCCUAGUCGUUAUAAGGAUUUCAAAUCUUGGAAGUCUGAUAUGGAUUUCAAUGAAAUAGAAACAUUGGUCCAUUUAUGGCAUAUCCAAGCUCAAAAGAUUUUGUUACAAUCUAAUUCGUUUUUUUUCUCAAAUCAAGUUGUAUCGACUCUUUUGAAAAGAAAAUCCAUCAGACAAUCGAAUGCCAUGAAAAUUCCAUCUGCGUUUAAUUGGAGGAAAAAUUCUUCGUCUUCCAAUGCUAGUUCUUCUAGUGCUGCCACGUCUAUAAAUUCUUCACAAACUUCUAUCAAUAAUAGUACUAAUCACAUUCAACAGAAUUCUAUGGAUGGACCUUCGACGAUUGAAGAUAUGGAUAUUCUUAUCCUACGUCCAUCUUUUGCUCCAGAGAUUGGAUGGCAAGUGGCUCAUGAUUUGCCAGAUUUGAAUAUCUACGAUUACCCUUUGUAUAUUACUCCAUGGAAUUUAAAAGAUACUUCAAGAGAUUUUUUCUUAAACCAAUGUGAUAAUAUUAAUGAUAUAAAUUUCAAAUCCAAUGAAUCUUUGAUAAGGAUCAUUUCUAAUGUCAAUGAGGCAAGCUAUUUGAAUAACAAUACAGUGAAAGCUCAUUUAUUAGAUUGUAUGGGUAGGAAAAUUUAUCCUGAAGCUUUCCCUCCCCCUCCCCCUUCAUCAUCAUCAUCAUCUUCAUCUUCCUCUUCCUCUUCAAAUUCUCCUUUCUCAUCAUCAAAUUCUCCUUAUUCUUCUGUAUGUUCUUCUAAUAAUAGUUCUGCCAUCUUUAACUCAUCUCAUUUAUCCUCUUCUUCAACCUCCAUAUCUACUAUUACUUCUACAAAGCAAAAUUCAAAUUCUACAUCAAUACAAAAUUCUUCUAAAUCGACUCUUUCUUUGAAAAGAGUCACUUCUGCUUCUUCAUUAUCUAAGAAGAUUAAUUUACAUUCUUUUUUGAAAAAUACGAAAUCUUCGUCAUCUUUAACAAAUACAAUAACCCCAAAUACAAAUACAAAUACAAGUAUAAGUACAAAUAUAAAUACAAGCUUAAAUACAAGCUCAAAUACGACCCCAAACAUUGAAACAAAUACAUCAUCAACUCCCAAUCCUUCUCUUAAAGAAGAACUUUGGGUAGAAGAUUAUUUUUGUCAUCAAUUGAAAAAUUAUAGAAAAGUGUUUUUCCCCACACAAUUUCUUUUACCAAAGGGUUUAAUCAAUAGCAAUACUACUUCUACAAAUGCCAUAACUACAAUUAACAGCACUCCUACUUCACCUUCAAUGACUCCAUCUUCUCCAAUCUCUAUGCAUUCAAAUGGUUCCAUGUCAUCUUUAUAUUCUUCAUCCACAAUUACUGCAGAAAGUACUAGUACUGUAUCCUCUCAAAAAAAAUUAAAAUCCAAGAAAAAAUCGUUGAAAAAAUCAUUUACAAAUUCAUCUUCCAAUUCUAAAAGAUUUAUUGAAAAAGAUACACCUUUGGAAAAUAAACCAAUUAGUCAAGAAAGUGCUGCUAUUUAUAACAGAAGUUUAUUAAAGAUUAAGUUACCAUUUAUGAAUAACUCUGCGCCAGCAAUCUUUUGCCCUUGGUUUUGGUUGGGUUUAAAUAAUUCCAAUUGGAAAACAAUGUUGAGAGAAAUUUAUAGAUGUUUAGAACCAAAUGGUUAUAUCUUAACAUUUGUUUCAGAUCCAAGUUUCUUAACUACAAACAAUUUUAAUGAUGCAAAGGAUCAACAUCCUUUCCAAACUACUAUUGAAAGAAAUAAUUAUUUGGAAAACAUUUUAAUUAAUGCUAUUACUAAAAAUUUACACGUUUGUCCAAGUAAUGAGAUUAUUUCUUUAUUUAAAGAAACUGGGUUUACUGAUAUUAAAUAUUCCACCUUAAAUUUAACUUGCGGUGAUUGGACUUCCUCUAUGGGGAUGGUUAAUGAAUUUUUAACCAUUAUGAAUUGGGAUUUAAUGUUAAGAAAACAUUUCGUAGAUAAGGAUGAUGUAUCUGGAAAUGAAAAUAGAUCCACUCUAUUAGCAAGAUAUAUGAAAGAGCAUAUGGAUAAAUUAGAUUCUCAAGCUGGUUCUUUGAGAUUAGUUUACGUAGUGGCUCAAAAGCCCAAAUAA